AUGGACGUGGACGUGGACGUGGACGUGGACGUGGACGUGGACGUGGAAAUGGACGUGGACGUGGACGUGGACGUUGGGGUGGACGUGGACAUGGACAAGGACGUAGAAAUGGACGUGGACGUGGACGUGCACAUGGACGUGGACGUGGACGUGGACAUGGACGUGGACGUGGACAUGGACGUGGACGUAGAAAUGGACGUGGACGUGGACGUGGACAUGGACAUGGACGUGGACGUAGACGUGGACGUGGACGUGGACGUAGACGUGGACGUGGACGUGGACAUGGACAUGGACGUGGACGUGGACGUAGAAAUGGACGUGGACGUGGACGUGGACGUGGACAUGGCCGUGGACAAAUGGACGUGGACGUGGACGUAG